AUGUUCGGGCGACAAGGUGGCACGUCGCAUCGGUCGUCCGCGUCGAAGGCAUCUCGUCUGGACUACGAGCAGGAUGCCCUGUUUGCGGCGGCAGAGCGUAAAGAGCUGGCGGCGCAGAAGUUUGACGAAUGGGUGCGCUUUAAGGACAGCUUUGACAGAGGUCUCGCGUUGUUUGCAAAGCUGGAUGCCGGCCAUUGCGAGGGUGAGGAAGCGUGGAAGAAGGUGGCCGUGAUUCUCGCAGCGAUAGACAGGUCUCUUGGGAUCGAUCUCAACGUCGCUAUCCGCAACGUCAAGCGGGAUGGUUCGACCAAGGCCAAGGCCGGGCCGCAGAGCAUGUAUGACGCCUUCAAGAAAUGGUCCAUGUUUGGACAUACCUUCACCUUUGUGAAGCUCACAGCGGCGGAGGUCGAAUCGCUGGGAGCAGCUACACGACAAUUUCUUGAGCCAGACGGCGACGACGACGGCAACGAAUCUGCGACGGUGCUGCCAUCGCUCAAGCAUCACUUCCCUCCACCUCCUGCUCGGCGUGGUCUCAGAACCCGACCGAUGACCGACGACCAAAAAGCAAUGAACGCGAUCUUCCUACGCUACCGUUACGGAGAGGAAGAGGACGAAGACAGGGGACUACAGGCGAGGAGGACUCGUUACAUGGAUGCCGGCCUGGUCGCUGUGGGCAUUCGGCGUCUGAGCGAGUUACUCGAAGAAGACAUCGACACGCGAAAGAAGAAAGAGGAUGAAGCCCGCCUGGAAAAGGAAGAGGACGCGCGACGUGCCCAUGAGGGGUGGACUCGGGUUAAAGACACCCGGCGGUUUCGGAUACCGGACGAAGAGGCGUUCCGUCCAGGGGGAGUUUGGAAGCCCCCGAGGUUCGAUUUCUCCGGGGGAAAGGGGCUGGUGCGGCCCAACAAGAACCUCAUCGCGUCCACCACGCUGGACAUCAUGCGGGGACAGGGAAUGAAGUACGCACACGCCAUCUCAGACGCACGGCAGGGGGUAGAAGGAGAUCUGGAAAAGAGCAAGAGGCAAAUCAAGCGCCACAAAGAAACGGUGAUUGAAAAACUGACCAAAUUCAUGGACGGACGCAAAGCGUCGGUAACAAAACUAUGUGCUACCCUUCUUCCCGUCCCCACAGGUACUUGUUGGUGCUGUAUUUCGUUUUUACACCAAUGUACCAGGACCAAAGUCAACCCUUUUAACUACUUUUCGUGGCCACCACAGGUAUCUCGACAAAGAAACGUUCGGGCGGCUGCUCGUCGAACUGAGAAGGUGGAGGCGUUCCGCGGCUGGUCGCGGCUCAAGGCCGUCAAGGAGGCCGCGGUGCGGUGCCUGGAGGACAUCGACCCCCCUCCCUCGGGAAAGGGCGCUGAUAAAAGGGAGAAGGAACACUGGCUUGAGGUCGGUCGUGCUUUGAAGAGCGUCGACGCCCGUCUUCUCUCGGAUUGGACAGCGUGGGCGCGUGGAAACUUCCCGCCCGCGCAUUGCCAGGCGGUAUGGGAUGCGCUCGAGCCUCGGAGCUGCGACACCCACUCGACGUCCUACAGCGCGACGCGAGAGACAUUCCUCAAGCUCCUGCGGCCCGGGGUGGACUAUCGAGAAGCGUUUCACAAGAUGGUACGGAGACGCUUGAGAAAGGCGGGAGCUGACCGCGGGCAGAGGUUCGACGACAACGACAAGUUGGAGCCAGAAGACCUCGUACUUAGCCGCAGGGAAAUGAGACAACUCUUGACCAAGGAGCUCGGCAUCCUGAUGCGAGGUGAAGAGAUGCGCCGGUUGGUGGACUCCUUCGAUACGAAUGAGGACCGUUUGGUGAGAUGGGAGGACUUCGAGAAGCUCACGGGCGGCGUAAGAGAGGCAGUGAGGGGAGACGCAGCGAAGAGGCUGGAAAAGCGCUGCGUGUGGGAAACCACGUGCCCGGAAAUCGGUAUGCCCAAUGCCUUCGUCGUAUCGGCUGUCAAGAAGACGGCGACGGGCGGUUGGGAAGGGACGGGAGGGAAGGGGGUGAUGCGCGACAACGACGAAGACGAAGACAAGGCUGCGGAUGGUUGGCGUCCAGCAGGUACCACAACGACCGCGUGGGGAGGGACUUGCGAGAUAAUCACCCUCAAGAGCGGGGACCGCCGCUGGCGUAACGAGCUCGCGGACCGCGCCAAGCGCCUCCGGAUCCUUCGGAAGUACGGCCUUGCUCACGCCGAGAAGAAGACAGGCGGCGGGGGGGGGCGCGGUCGUGGAGGCGGUGGCGGGGGGGGGCAUGGGGGUGGCGAAUACGACGACGACGGCUUUGAGGGCGAGGAUGAUGAUGACAAUUCCUACGGAGAAGGCGAGUUCGAGAGGAGCGAGGGAGAGGGUGGGGAUCGUAACAGUCCUGGCCGAACGAGGGGCAGCGGCAGUGUACCGUGCGAGGCUUCGCAAUGGCCCAUGUUUAAGAGGAUCAAGGGGCUCAAGACGCUCAAGCGCUUGAGCAAAGCGAAUAGAGAAGCAAGUGAGCUGCGACAGCUCCUCGCGGAGGGAGUCGCGCCCGAGCCCCCCAAGUUUUGGAGCGCCGAGCCGGGCCACCCCGACGUUGGCUCUACUCAGGAUGACGCUCUAACCGAGGAGCUACUCUUGUGCUGGAGACCACAACACGGGUCUGCGGUGGCGUUUUACAGUCUAGAGAUGAGCGGCCCGGAGGGGGGAAAGGCGUUCUGCCAAGGGGCGCACCGAGAGAUUUGCCGGGACCCCCCGGAUGCCGACGGUGACCCGCAGUAUCAGUUCUGGGUCCGAGGUCUGCGUCCCAACACGAGGUACGGCUUCCGUGUCCGCGCGUUCAACGGCUUCGGUCCUGGACCGUACGCGCACGGCUGUUUCGCCACCCGCCCUUGUCGGCCGGCGGCGCCGGUGGCUGUGAAGCUUGCCCCGACCGAGGUUACGCUGCAGUGGGUCUUUGGUGGUCGAAAUGCUGCUAAGGCGCGUGAGUUGAGGAACGUGUUCGACGCCCUUGACGAGUACGACGACGGCCAAGUCAGCCGGGAAGAGUUUCUGGCCUCCCUAGAUCUCGACCACCCGCACCUCAUGGCCUUCCUCAAGGCCACCACCCUCGCCGGUGCCGCCACCGAAGCCGAGGGUGAAGCGGAAGCGGAGGCGCGAGGGGGGGUAGGCGCAGAAUCUACCCGCGACCACCACCGUCGUCGCUCUGGGGCCGCCGGGGGACGGAGGAGUACGGGCGGCAGGAGAGGGGUGGCGACGGUGGCGGUGGCAGUCGGUUCGGAGGCGUUGUCGGUGUUCGAUGCGAUCGAGGCGAACGACGACGAUUUUAUCUCUUGGGACGAGUCAAACGGGCGAGGGGCAACGGCAAUCGGUGGAGGACACUUCGUCGUGGAAGUGUGCACCAGCCAGGGGCGAGAUCGUUGGAAGGAGGCAUGGAAGGGCACAACAGGGACGGCGCGAGUGAAAAUGCUGGAGGCCGGUACAGGCUACCGUUUCCGGGUGCGACCGACAAACUGCGAGGGUCUCGACGGACCUGUCAGCGAGUCUGUGGUGGUGAACACCCUGCUUCCUACGCCCAGGGCGCCCAGAAUAAACGUGGCCUCUGGCAAGCCCACCGUCACGAACACCGGGGUAUGGGACACGCGCGUGCGGGUACGGUGGGACGCGGCAGCGGGCACGACGUCAACGCCGAUCGGCGGGGGCGGUAUGAUUGCGGGGGGCGGGGGCGGGGCCGCGGGAGGAGGUGGCACUGCGACUGACAGGGCGGCUACGAAAAUUCUCAUGCAGUGGGCCCACGAAUGCUCCGACGACCGAGGCGUUAGCGUGGAGGCGGUAUUCUCGCAGUUCGACCGUGACGGAAGAGGAGUGAUUGACCCCUUGGAGUUGGGCAACCUCUUGGAAGCUCUCGGCGUAGAAGUGACGGAGGAGCGGUUAAGAGAGGCCUUCACCGAGCUGGACCGCGGGGGUGACGGCAUCGACGGCGCGCUCUCUUUGGACGACUUCGACGCGUGGUGGCAUUCCGAUCUAGCCGCAAAGUUCGUCCUCAUGCGAGACGACGGCAUUGCCGGAAACAUUCUCGAGAUGGCGGAAGUGGCAGCCACGGCACGGGGUGGCAGCGGUGGUGGCGGCGUCCCUCCCACCCGAGCAACUGCAGCCGCGGUGACAGCAACAACGGCUCUCCCCAAGAGCACAACCGCCACGAUUGCGUCCUUCAAGGGGCGCGCGAACGGGUGCGAGGUGGCAGGUCUUGCUCCCAACACCUUGUACCACUUCCGGGUACGCGCGGUCAACGCCAGGACGCGAAGUUCGCUCAGUGCUCCGCUCGAGGUCAUGACGGCUCCCCGCCGACCAGAACCUCCAGUCAUCAUCCGCUGCGAGCAAAGGUCGAUCGUCGCCAAGUGGUAUCCUGGCUGCCCCGGCAGCGCGCACAAGUACCGCCUGCAGGCUCGACUGGUCGAAGGGUUGGAUGGGAUCGGGGCCAUGCACAACAACAAAAGUGUGCUCGCGACGACGGACAACAACCGUGUGAAUACUACACGGGGGCGGGGCACUGGUGGUAACAGGAGGUCGGCGUGGGGGGUCGCUGAAGGCGGUGGCGGCGGUGGCGGCGGCGGCGGGGGUGGUGGCGGCCGGGCGGGCGGAGAGUGGGUGACGGUGUACGAGGGCGUCGACAGCACGGCCAAGGUUACGGGUCUGGCCGCGAACAGCGUCCACCACUUCCGGGUGUGUGCGGUCAACCUGCGGAGUGUCGCCAGCGAGUGGUCCCUCCCGGCCCAAGCGGCAACCUCUUUGCGGCGAGCGGCUGGGAGCGGGGGCGGCGGUGGAGGGGGAGGAUGGGACGACAGGGUCGGGUCUCUCCUAUGCAAGCCCCAGCACGCCGCCGAGGUUUUCCACGUGGAUGCGGACGACGACAUAGUCGUCGGCGACACGAUAAUAUUCACCGAGCGCCUCUACGUCGACCAAGACGGGCAACUCGUCACCGCAGGAGGGGGCACCACCACCAACAACAUCCCGACCCCUUCCCAAGGCCCUUACCCCUCCCGCCACCACCACGGAUUCCCUGCAAACGCCUCGGGGGCCGUCGACCGAAACUCUCCCUCGGCCCCGCGCGUAAGCUUGAGCAUGGCCAGUCUUGGCCUCGACGGCGCUGCUCCUGAUAACGCAACAGGGGCCACAAGAAAGGGAGGAAGGGCAAGAGGAGGAGGAGGAGGAGGAGCGAGGUGGGCGACCCCCGCGGAAAAGAGUCGUACGCGGCAAGGUGGGCACGUGGGACGACCGCCAACGACGGCGAUGGUGGUGCAGGGGGGCUCGUGGACUGAUGGCGGCGGGGAGUUCGUCGGGGAGAGAACGGUGGCGUCGCACGUGCUGCAGGACUCGUUCCGGUCGAUGAGGAGGAAAGAUAAAGGAGGCGUGUUGGAGUACGACAGAACAAAGAGUCGAUGUCGGGUGCUGCGGUUGGAGGUGAUCUGGUCUACGGUUUCAAGCGAGGAGGCGAAGGGGUUUCUACUCCCGCGCGGGUCGAUAGUAGAGCGCAACCAGGGGCGACUCUCGCAGUUCGAGACUUUCCGAGCUCUCUGGGCGCAGGACGAGAGGCGAAAGAGCGUCCGAGAAGAGUGGGCUCUGCUCUCUGGCGUGUUGUGA